UGUCCUAAAUUAUGCCCAAUAACAGUGGCACUGAUGCUGAUUUUGCUAGUAUGCUAUUUUCUAUUUUUAAAAUUGGGUGGUUGUUUUCUUUGUCUUGGAAUAUAAUACAUAUAUUACUGUAUUAUUGUCAAUAAUAAUAAAAGGGUGAUUUCUAACCUUUUUCUCCAGAUAUGGGCUUAUUUUGCCCAAGAAAGCAUUGCAGAAAACUCUGAUGUUGAAGAAACAUUCAGUCUUUGCAGAUGACUCUGAUGAAGAGACAUCUGUGGGCGAGAGUCUACAAAAAGAAGCAUUAAAAAAGCAAGUAAUGAAGCAAACCAAACUUGAGAUUCAGAAGGCCUUGGCAGAAGACUCCACAGUGUAUGAAUAUGACAGUAUUUAUGAUGAAAUGCAGCAGCAGAAGAAAGAAAGUAAUGCCAAAGUGCUCUCAGGAAAAGAUGACAAAAAGCCCAAAUACAUCCAAAAUAUCCUCAAAGCAGCUGAGGUAAGAAAGCAGGAGCAGGAAAAAAGAAUGGAAAAAAAAAUUCAGAAGGAGCGUGAAAUGGAAGGGGAAGAGUUCGAUGACAAAGAGGCCUUUGUGACAUCAGCCUAUAAGAAGAAACUGCAAGAAAGGGCUGAGGAGGAGGAAAGAGAAAAAAAGGAAGCCGCACUGGAGGCAUGCCUGGAUGUGACCAAACAGAAGGAUCUCAGUGGAUUUUACAGACAUCUUUUAAACCAGACAGUGGGGGAAGAAGAGGUGCCCAAAUGCAGCCUCCGUGAAGCCAGGAUAAAGGAAGAAAAAUCUACCACUAAUUCAGAUGAAUCCAUCCAAAGAAACAAAAGUCCAGAUGAGAGACCAAGACUUAGAACCCCUGCUAAGGAAGAAGAUAACCCAGAUGCGGACAGUGACUUAGAAAGUGAUAGUAGUGAUGAUGAUCAUAAAAAUAGCAGAGCUAGUUCUAAAAAGAAGGAAAGUCGAGACAGCUCUGAGAGCAGUGAGAAGGAUUCCAAACAUCACAGGAGCCGGAAACACUCCAGCUCAUCAGAGUCUUCCAGUGAGGAGGGAAGUCACCACACAAAAACCCAUAUAAAUCGUCCUAGGAGAGGAGAGAGUGGAAUAGGUAGAAGGGAAAAAGAUGAGCACCACAAGGAAAGGGAUCAUGAGAGAAGAGAUAGAAACCAGGAAAAGGAUCGCCGGAGGGAAAAGGAAGACCGACAUAGAUAUGGGGAUCAUACCAGUAAAGAUACCUACAGAAAGAGGGAUGAGCCGGAGGACAAACAGAGGGGGAAAGAUAAAAAAGAGAGAGAUGGAUAUGACAAAGAAGGUAGGAAAGAGAAAGAGAGGGAGGACAAGAAUUCAGAAAGGGAACGAGAAAAAGAGCGACUAAGAAAUGGCAAAGACAGAUACAGUGAUAGAGAAAGAGGGGAAAAAUGCAGAGAAAAGGAGGAACAUUUGAAGGAAAAGAGAGAGAGAGAUGACAAAGAUGACAAGAAAUACAGGGACAGGAAGGAAAGUAGUCCUCGAGCCUCAGAAAGGGACAGGGACAAGAAGCAAAGUAGCCCUAGAUCCUUAGAAAAAGACAGACCGUGUGACCAGGAGAAAGAGGCAAAGGACAGAAAGAGUAAUGAUGAGAGAAUCUCAUGCUCUGAAAGAUUUCCUGAGCCAAAAGGUAAGGAUGAAGAAGAAGGGCAAAAAGGUGCAGAGCAGAUGGAAAAAAAAUCUCUGUGUGUGAGCAAAUUUGCCAAGCGGAGCAGUGAAGAGACAGUGGUAUCAGCAAGGGAUCGCUACUUGGCUAGGCAAAUGGCACGAGUUAGCACAAAAUCCUAUAUUGAGAAAGAAGAAGAUUAGCUUCUUUUCAGUGGCCAUAAACCAAGAGAUGAUCCACUUUCACUGGUGGAAAAAUCACUGCAGCAGGAACUCUGUGUUGAAGUGAAAGUAUUUCCUGACCAUUUAUUUCUGGGGUUUUUUAAACUCAGUAAUUUAAUAAAACAAACUUCUGUUUUGAAAUGUUUUGAUGGUCUUUGUACAUUCAUCCAGUCAAAUGUACAGGCAAGGUGUUUAAUUUGACUGGUUCUGUCCAUCAUGGCCUUCAGCCUCUGCUUGCUCUAUCAUUUAUUCAAAGACAGGGAGUCACACUUAUGGAUUCUAAACUGAUACAGGUGAGAAUACCUCAAUGCCAGCCUGCAUAUAAUCCUUAUCAGCUAAUACCAGUACUACCCCUCUUCUGGAGUAGCAGCAUUCUCAGACAUUACUGUCAGAUCUCACUGUCCAGAGAAGUUAACAGAGAGUGUGCAGGAGAGAGAACUUUAAAGAGAGGGAUAUGCAAGCAAAAUAAACAGAACAAUAAUUUAGGUGACCCUGUAUGUUUUGUGGUAUUUUGUAAACCAGGUAAAUUUCAUCUGGACAUAUUUGGAUUUGAACGUAUAUAACAUAUUCGUGGUUUUUUGUUUGUUUCUGGUGCUUGAUGUACAGAAAUAUUUAAAUAAAAUGUAAGUUAUGUACUAUA